AUGACCUUUUUAAACCAUAACAAUAACUUGUGGCUUUCCGGCCUCUCCAACUUCGCCCAGCAACUCGGCCACGCGUACGUGAACAGGUACUCGGGUAAACAUUUCAACGGGGGUCUAAUUGUUACUAAAACCAUUACUGACGACACCAAACAACCUCCUAACUCCCCCAAAACUAUUGAGGAAUUAACCCCUGAGGGCCGCAACUGCGCCAAGGUCUGCCUGACGAUAGUGGAGAUACUGGUUAACGAUUUUGAAAAAUUGUUCACAGCAACUGGUGGCAACAAAAAAAUGCAAAUUAAUCUAGAUGAAGGUAACAGACUUGGCGUUUUUUUCAGGGCGAAAGGUUACGAUGUCGCCGAAGGUGCAUCCACCCAGGACGGUGAGCUGCAGAACAGUAGCGACAUGACCGGAGAGAAGAUUAGAGAAUUAUGUGACUAUACAAUUACGGUGCGUAAUAGUGGUGAAUAUGACCCUAAGACGCAGCAACUUCAAGCAAUUGAUCGCGGUGUGACAACUUUCGACAGAUGGAUAAGGUACCUCUACGUCUACCUCUCCAAUUACCGUACUGUCUGCCAUCUCAAGCACAUCGCUAAGCCACGGACACCCACGACGAUUAACCAAAUGUUACACUGGGUCAACGGGCUGCCGUAUACAACCGUCUAUAACGAACUUACAGUUCAAGGUUUCGGUGAGCUGUUCGAGAAGCAGGAGGAAGAGGAGCCUGUCGAAGGUGAGAUCGUCAUUAAAACCGAUGACGAUGACACGUUGGAGGCUUAUCCAGAAGACAUCACUGCCGAAAAAAUGAGAGACACGCUCACAGAUGUAUGCCGCUUUACGGAUAGAGUGCUGGUCUGCAUCCUCGGUCAUGGACACGCCGAAGGCAGAUAUGCGUGCGAUUUCAGCACCAACCCAGAUGGUUUAUUGUAUCCUAGCAACGCAAGUGCCUGCUUGGACAUGCUGGUGGAUAUACUGAAACGACUCUAUGAGCAGUUUUAUUUCCUAUUUAUUCAGUGCUCACGUGAGAAAGAUAACGUGAGUUGGAGAGACUGCUGGUACGGUCGGCACGUCGGUGGCUCAGACUGGAGGUGCAAUGAGAAGCAAUGCAUCAACCAAAUGGUCAACCAAAGUGCUGACCAAAAGGCCAACCAAAGCUGUGGCCAAACGUGUGAUCGGCACCCUAGUUGCGGUUUGAAGUCACCCCUCCAAUCCUUCCUCGAAGAUGGGCUUCCGGGUUUCCUUCCUCAUUCAAUUAAGAAGCCCGGGUGUAAAUUAGACUGCACUGUUUCCAACCAUAGGGGAUUGCCUUGUAAGACGCCAAUGGGCUUCGGGGAUAUUAGUCUAACAGCUUCACGUGCAUCCAGAGGCGAACGUAUGAUGAAACUACUCGAUAUGUUCUGUGGGCAGCAGACUAGUCCACUGACGAAGCUAUGUGGUUACUUCAACUGUCUGCUGCAAAUGCCUCCGCAAACGCUGGGAGAUAUGUUUGCGUUCUACCAUAAUCUACUUGUCGAUUGGAAUGGUGCGGCCAAGGGCUUAAUAGAUGGUCCGAAACAUAAGAAAAGUGCGUUCUUUAGCGCCGUUACCAGUGCUAACUUCGGCAUUGAGUAUCCAGAAUUGGACGUAUCUACGCUGUUCUUUACAUCGAAUCAUACGGGUAAUGGAGGUAAUGGUGACCUACUAUGCCUCCUCAGUUGUGGCAGUGCAUCGUUGACAACAACCUGUGGCCGGUAUCUGCAGCCUUUCGGUAUGAAUACGUGGACAGUAUUUUCAGAGAAACACGCAGACAAAUACCUCUCCUGGAUCGUCUACAUCACCGAAACGUUCUAUUAUUUGCUCGAACAGCUGCUAAAAGAGUGCUGCCGAAAUUGCACGUCAUCGCAAUCCAGGUGCAAUGGUAAAGUCUGCCCUAAAACAUGUCAAGUCAAAUACACGAGUGAAGAAACAAAGUCGCAAUCCGUAUCAACUAUUCAUCACACCAAGGACUGCAAAUCCAUCGCUUACUGCCCCUUUACACGUCCCACUUUAUGUAAGUACGGCUUCGUUUUCAAAAGCCUGUCAAACAUGAGCGGCACUAGUGGCGAUUCCACAAAGCGCACCUGCAAAGAUCUAUGUCACGCAUUGCAAAAUGUUCUACUUAAAGGAAAAGUACUCGGCGAAUUCACCCAUGUCACAAUUCCAGAAUUUCUGUGGAACAUUCGCAGUAAAUUCUUCUGGCUCAACGUCGCCCUCUGGCUCCUCUCCUUCCUGUACCUCAUCCACAUCAUGGUCAUCCGCCUCGACCUGCUCCACAUCAAAUCGCAUUUACAUAGUCCAUCAUCUCAUCGCAUCGCUGCUCAAUCACUACUUGCUGCUGCAAGAGUUGGAAGACUCAGCAAGAUAUCGUACCUUCAACCAUAA